AUGGCCACAAAACAAGCCCUUCGCCGGGCCCUUUUGUACGUGCCUGGCUCAAGCCAGCGAAUGCUGGAAAAAUCACGAAAUCUUGUCGUUGACUGCGUUGCAUACGACCUGGAAGACAGCGUAACGGCAUCUCAAAAGGAUGCGGCGCGCAAUAUGGUUCGAAACGAGAUGGACCAGCCAAAGUUUGAUGGAAUCAGAGAGCGAGCCGUACGGAUCAAUUCAGUAGGCAGCGGCCUAGCAGAACGCGAUCUACAAGAAAUGUUGAAAUCGCCCAACCUGUCUACGAUAGUGGCUCCCAAAGUCGACUCCGCCUCUGAUCUUCGCUUCAUACACGAUAUGGUAGAGCAUGCGCGUUCUACCGCCCCGGCUUUCACUCCCCGUUCGCCUAUAUCCAUUUUGGCUCUCAUUGAAAGUGCCAAAUCUCUCACAAAUCUUUCUGAAAUCUGUACCACGUCAACUCUGUUAUCUGGCCUAAUAUUUGCUGCUGAAGACUUCGCACUUGAUUUAAGUAUUACCCGUACACCUUCUCUGUCGGAAUUUCUCUAUGCUAGAUCCGCCAUUGUUACAGCCGCGCGAGCACACAAUCUUCCUUCCACGAUUGAUCUUGUAUGUACUUCCUAUGGCGCCAAAGCCGGAACAAAUCCAAAGCAGGAACAAGCGAUCGAUAUUCUAAGGUCUGAAGCAGAAGAUGGCAAAAGACUAGGCUUCAAUGGAAAGCAAUGCAUUCAUCCUUCACAGAUAUCCGUUGUGCAGGAUAUUUUUAGUCCAGGGAGAAAGGAGCUAGAAUGGGCAGUACGGGUGUCUAUCGCAGAUGAUAAGGCUUCGAAGCAGGGAAGAGGAGCGUGGACGCUUGAUGGCAAAAUGAUUGAUGUCCCUGUAGCUGAAAAGGCCAGGGCUAUCGUGAGAAAGGCAGAAGAGUGUGGUAUGGAUGUUACAGCAUACAUGGAGGAGUGGAAAGCCCAGGAACCUCAAUAA